CAGUUCUGUCCCUGGCUCCAGCACCCUUCCUGCAGUCUCUCAGAUCUCUGUGUAGAAGUGUAUUUGGGUGGUAGAAACACAUCUUUUUUCCAGGGCAGAGGCAGGAUUUUCACUCUUGGCAGAUGGAGCACACAGGUAAACAGUGGGACACUGGACUUGGUUGAUGCCUAGUGAUUCAUGGGUAACUCCUUCUGCCCAGCCAAGCUUUGGUGCUGUUUCCCUCUUAGAAAAGUAGGACCAAGGAAGGAGGGUGGUUAUGCAAAAGAUGCCGGAAAGCACUUCUGGGUUAUGAGCAUUGAACCCUGACCUGAAGGUCCUAGGCACAAAAGCUUGGAAGACUUUGGGGGCACAUGGUGAUGAGUUUCCGGGUGUCUGAGCUCCAGGUGCUUCUCGGCUUUGCUGGCCGGAACAAGAGUGGACGGAAGCACGAACUGCUGGCCAAGGCCCUCCACCUGCUCAAGUCGAGCUGUGCCCCCAGCGUCCAGAUGAAGAUCAAAGAGCUUUACCGCCGGCGCUUUCCCCGGAAGACCCUGGGGCCCUCUGACCUCUCCCUGCUCUCCCUGCCCCCUGGCACCUCCCCUGUAGGCUCUCCUGGUCCUCUGACUCCCAUCCCCCCUGCUCUCUUGACCCCUGGCACCUUACUGGGCCCUAAGCGCGAGGUAGACAUGCACCCCCUUCUGCCUCAGCCCGUGCACCCUGACGUCACCAUGAAGCCAUUGCCUUUCUAUGAGGUCCAUGGCGAGCUCAUCAGGCCCACCACCCUCGCAUCUACAUCCACCCAGCGGUUCGAGGAAGCGCACUUCACCUCUGCCCUCACGCCACAGUUCUACAUAGGGGCAAGGACCCAAGGCUUUGGCUCGUCCUCUACUGCUUUCCCAUGCUUUCUCAGGCCACGAACAGUGAGCUGGUUGGAAAGUGGAGCAGCUGGGACUUGAACCAGCACCCAUGUGGCAUCCUGACACUUGUAAGAAGAGGAUUAGCCAUUUCAACCAUUGUUGCAGGCCCUAAGGUAAUACUUUGCUGAUCAAAGUUCCAAUGGUGGAAAUCAAGUCUGCUCUCUAGCUACCCAGACUUGGGACAGAAGGAUCCUGAGCCCCUCAAGAACCUGGGCACCUGACACCACCGCACUGUGGAGGCCACAGAUCUGAUGCCGCUGCAUGACAGAGUGAUGGCCUGCCUGGCUUUCUAGGCAGGAACUCCACUGUGUGCUUGCUGGGGAGUUGUUUUGUGACAGGAUGUGUUCCCUAGCCCUAUCGGUAACCUCCAUAGAAGCUACAACUGGUCAGCCUUACAGAGGCUACUGUCCCUAGGAUGUACCUGACACCAUGCUUCGGCUAGCUGACUUCACUCACCUCUUGACUUCCAGCCAGACAUCAAAUCAAAUGCAGGUGGAUUUUCCCGAAGACCAGUUCAUCUAAUCUGCCCUCCACCCUCCUUCCCUUCCUUGCACACUUACUCCCCGU